AUGGAGGGUAGCGACGCAAAGAACCUUGUAUUUGGGGGAGGAAAAUUAGACUCGACCCGACCGUAUGAGGAAACGGGCUGCGUCGAGGUUUUGCUUCCCAAUGGAACAACACAGUUCUUCUUCAUCAAGGUCUAUUCGAAAGAAGGCGGAGUUAACAUGAUCAAGAGUGAGUUCGGUUCAAUGAACGAGACACCCACUUCCUCCCGUGCGAGUUCUGAAGAUGACCAACCAUAUGCCUGA